UAUGAAAAAAGAUGAAGUAGUGCAAUAAUCACUUAGAUUCACCUAUUUCUUAAUAGGCACAAUAGCUUUUUCAUAAGGUAAUAAAAAUAUGAAAUUAAUAGGAAUUAUGGGUUUAUCUGAUCUAGCAAUAAGCUACAUGCAAAAAGAUGAUUAUCAAUAAGAUCCUGCAUAAACCUAAUUCUUUUCAACCAUUAUCAGUUUACCAUGGAUAGUCAAACCAUUUUGGGGUAUAUUGACUGAUACUGUGCCUCUAUUUGGAUAUAGAAGAAAAUCAUAUUUAAUUUUAUUUGGGGUACUUGGAUUUAUGUGUUGGAAUUUAUUAUCUGACUAUGGAGUAGAAAAUAGAGAAGUUGGAUUAAUUUUAUUGACAGUGAUUAACAUAUGUGUUGCAUUUUGUAAUGUAAUAGGUGAAGCAUUGUUGGUUGAAUAUUCUGGACAUUCAGAUGAUGACACUAAUUAAAAUGAUAAAGCAAGUUAAAAUGUUACAUUUUUCUUUGGAAUGAGAUCUGCAGGAUCAUUAGUAACUGCAUAUUCUUCUGGUAAACUUUUAUAAGUAUUGGACAAACGUGAUAUUUUUAAAAUAACUUCAAUUUUUCCUUUGAUUUUAGCAUGUAUUGCAAUAUUUGUCAAAGAAAAGAAACAUUCAAAUAAUGAACCUGAAAAAUAAAAAAUUAAAACUAUUGAAUCACUUAAACUAUUUACUAAAUUUGUGUCUUAACCAGUUAUUUAUAGGUAAUUAUUAAAAAUAAAAUUAGACCGAUAUUGCUAAUCAUGGUAUUCAUGUCAUCUCCAUCAAUUUCAACAGCUAUGUUUUAUUUUUAUACAAAUGUCUUAUAAUUUGGCCCAGAUUUCAUUGGUGAAUUACGACUAUCUUAUUCUAUCUGUUCUAUUUUAAGUGCUUACUUAUUUAAUCGAUUUUUAAGGCAUGUCAAAUUUACGAAGGUUUUUGGAUAUAGUACUUUUGUGUACUGCUUAGUUUCUUGCUAAACAACUUUGCUAGUCACAAGAAAAAAUGUUAAACUUGGAAUUCCUGAUAGAUUAUUUUGCUUUGGAGAUGGAGUAUUAAACUAAGUCAUAGGAGAAUUAAACACUAUGCCAGUUUUAGUAUUAGCUUGUAAAAUGUGUCCUAAAAAUAUUGAAGGCACAAUGUAUGCUCUAUUAAUGUCAGCUAUUAAUUUUGGAGGAAUGGUUUCUUAAGAAUUAGGAGCAUUAUUAACAUAUUAUGCUGGUGUAACAGACGAUAACUUUGAUAAUUUGGCAAAAUUAAUAGUUAUAUGCUCCCUUUGUACAAUGCUUCCACUGCCAUUUUUAGGAAUAAUUAAUGAAGAUUAAAUGGCAAAAGCUAGAGAAAAACAUUAAUAUGAAUCUGUACCAAAAAUAGAAGAAGAAGAAGAAGAAGUAAAUUUUGAAUAAGAGGUUGAGGAGAUAAAUGAUACUAAAGGUGUUAAUUAACAAAAUGAAUAGUUAUUAAUUUGA